UUCUUGUUCGUUCUUAUCCUCUGUUUCUCUGCUUCUUCUUUCCUUAGACAUAAAAACCAAGAACCGUUUCUCCUUAUUAUGGAAGCUUUCAUUCUCAUUAAUCAUUCUUUUCUUUCCUUCUACCGCUCUUAAAACAACCCCAUUAUUGCUCGUCCUACAGAAAACAUACCCUUCUUCUACUGUUUCUUGAUCAUUCGUAUAUGCUUUCUUGAUUCUUGAAUUCUUGUUCUUGAUCAAUAUGUUACCAAAGUCUCGAAUGGAGAGCUUAAACUUGAUUUCUGUUGAUGAUUUCCGUGUGCAUGUACCUCGUCUUAUGAACGUUCCUGGAGUUAUCUCAGACUUCGAAGAAGACGGUGGUGAUAGUGAUACGAUGUCGUCUCUUUCCGAUGGACGUCGUGUUGUUGUGUCAAACCAACUGCCAAUAAUAUCAAACCUGAACAAAGAGACUAAUAAAUGGUGUUUUAAUCUUGAUAAAGAUAGUCUUGUGUUGCAGCUUAAAGAUGGUUUUCCUGUUAACACGGAAGUUUGUUAUGUUGGUACUUUGAAGGCUGAUAUUGAAGUGAAAGAUCAACAAGAGGUUUCGCAGUUGCUGUUUGAUAAGUUUAAAUGCGUUCCUGUUUUCUUGGAUCUUGACAUGCAUAACAGCUUUUAUCAUGGUUUCUGUAAGCAUUAUCUAUGGCCUUUGCUUCAUUAUAUGUUACCUAUAUCACCAAGUCAUAAUGCACGUUUUGAUAGAUCACAGUGGAAGGCUUACGUAUCAGCAAAUAUAGCUUUUGCUGGUAAGGUUAUGGAAGUGUUAAACCCAGAUGAGGAUUUUGUCUGGAUUCAUGAUUAUCAUCUUAUGGUGUUGCCUACUCUGUUGAGGAAAAAGUACCAUAGAAUUAAAGUUGGGUUCUUUUUGCAUAAUCUUUUUCCAUCAUCUGAAAUUUAUAGAACAAUACCUGUGCGUGAAGAGAUUUUAAGAGGUUUCUUGAAUUGUGAUCUUGUUGGGUUUCAGACUUUUGAUUAUGCAAGGCAUUUCUUGUCAUGUUGUAGUAGGAUGCUGGGUCUUAAUUACGAGUCUAAACGGGGCCAUCUUGGGUUAGAUUACUUUGGUAGGAUCGUUAAUAUUAAAAUACUGCCUGUUGGGAUUCAUAUGGGGCAACUUGAAUAUCUUCUGAAUAUGGAGAAAACAGCUAAAAUGGCUAAACAAUUGAAGCAGAAAUAUGAAGGAAAAAUUGUUAUGGUUGGUGUCGAUGAUUUAGAUAUGUUUAAGGGUAUUAGUCUGAAGUUUUUAGCAAUAUGGAGGCUUUUGGAACAACAUGAGUCCUUGAGAGGGAAAUUGGUAUUAGUCCAGAUUACUAAUCCUGCAAGAAGUCAAGGCAAAGACGUGCAAGAAGUUGAAAGUGAGACCAAACUUAUUCUUCGACAGAUAAAUCAAUUGUAUGGUACAGCAGAAUAUGUGCCUAUUGUUUACAUUAAUCGUCCAGUUAGUACUCAGGAGAAAGCAGCAUACUAUGCUAUAUCAGAAUGUUGUGUUGUUAAUGCUAUAAGAGAUGGAAUGAACUUGGUUUCUUACAAGUAUACUGUUUGCAGACAGGGGAGCCCUUUUUUAGACAGGGUGUUGGAGAUUGAUAAGAAAUCUAAUCCAAAGAAGAGUGUUCUAAUUGUCUCCGAAUUCAUCGGCUGCUCGCCUUCUCUUAGCGGGGCUAUUCGUGUUAAUCCUUGGAAUGUGGAUGAUGUGGCUGAUGCCAUGUUCAAGGCUAUCAAAAUGAGCGAGGAAGAGAAGCAUUUAAGGCAUAAGAAGCAUUAUAAGUAUAUUAGCUCUCAUGAUGUUGCUUAUUGGGCGAGAAGUUUCGAUCAAGACCUUGAGAGAGCUUGCAGAGAUCAUUAUUCGAAAAGAUAUUGGGGUGUUGGGUUAGGUUUAAACUUCAGGAUUGUGGCUUUGGGACCAAACUUCAGGAAGCUUGCAAUGGAACCAAUUGUCAAAGCUUAUAACAAAACAAGUAGCAGGUUGAUCCUUCUUGACUAUGAUGGUACUAUGAAGAGCCAGUGUUCUAUAGAUAAAGCACCCAGAAGCGAUGUUAUUUCAGUCCUGAACUGCUUGUGUAGUGAUCCUAAGAACGUCCUUUUCAUAGUGAGUGGUAGAGGGAAAGACUCUCUUAGCAACUGGUUCUCUCCAUGUGAAAGAUUGGGUAUUGCAGCUGAACAUGGCUUCUUUACUAGGUGGACAAGGGAUACUCCAUGGGAGUCCUGCCCAAUCGUUAUGGAUUAUGGUUGGAAACGGAUUGCUGAACCUGUAUUGAAGCUGUAUACUGAGGCUACUGAUGGCUCUUUUAUAGAGCACAAAGAAAGUGCACUUGUAUGGCACUAUACAGAAACUGAUUCUCAUUUUGGCAUAAGCCAGGCCAAAGAGCUCCUUGAUCAUCUUGAGAAUGUUCUUGCUAAUGAACCUGUUGUUGUUAAAAGGGGCCAGUACAUUGUUGAAGUGAAACCACAGGGAGUUAGUAAAGGCAUGGUUGUGGAAAAGCUGAUAUCAACAAUGAGAAGUGAAGGGAAGCUGCCAGAUUUUUUACUUUGUAUUGGGGAUGAUCGGUCUGAUGAAGAUAUGUUUGAGAGCAUAGAAAGCCAUGUUGAUGAUCCAUCAGCGCCUCCUAUAGCAGAAGUGUUUGCAUGCACAGUUGGUCAGAAGCCAAGCAUGGCAAAAUACUAUCUUGACGAUACCUCUGAAGUGAUCAGCCUGCUUCUAGGCAUUGCUACUUCAUCAGUAGCAGGACCAAAGUAUGCACCAGAUGAUGUCUAAAACUCAUUUCCAUGGAAAGAUAAUCAGAAUUGAGAUUGCAGAAGGUAGAUUCAGCUUCAGAGAUAGUUUUUUGGUUUUAGAAUUUAGUGGUACAGAUUAGACUUGUACAGAAAGAUAAAAAUAGUUCAUUCUCUUCUUUUUACAGUCAACAGGUCCAUUUGAGGAAAACCCAAUACUAAAAUUCUAACAGAUUGAUGUCCUUUCUUCCCAGAAAUUGGGGCAAAUAUCUCACACUGUCAAUACGGUUUUUCUGUUUA